AUGUACUUAAAAAUCAUUGAAAAUUCUAUCAAUAAUAAUAAUAAUAAUCAAACAUGUCAUUUACCUAUCAAUCAAUUUGAACCAUUCGAUUCAACAAUAAUAAAAUAUUUAGAAUGGCGUCCAAAACAGAUUCAUUGUGAACAGGAUAAAAUUUUUCAACCAUUAACAUAUAUAAAAAAUGGUUGGCUUAAACAAAAUAAUUCAAAAUAUAAUUGUGAAUAUCAAUUUAUAUCUAAACAUCCAAAUAAUGAUCUUAUUGCUAUUUAUAGUAAUAAAAAAAUGCUUGACAUUCAAAUGGGUUUAAAAUUAUCAACUAUGAAUGAAAAUUAUAUACUUGUUGAAUGUUGUUGUUAUCCGAAUGGUAAUUAUUAUGAAAAUCUACAUUUUUGGUAUAAUCCACAAAUCAAAAAUGAUAAUAAUGAUGUCAUUGAUGAUGAUGAUGAUGACAAUAUUAUCAACGAAAAUAAUUUUAAUGAAAAAUCAUCAACAAUGACUGAACAAAAUAUAUCGGUAUUAAUAUUAGUCAUUGAAUCAUUGUCACGUUUAAAUUAUUUACGUUAUCUAAAUCAAACAAAAAAUAUAUUAGAAAAUAAUUAUGGUAAUAUUUAUUAUCUAAAUGGAUUGAAUAAAAUUGCUGAUAAUUCAUUUCCAAAUAUGGUACCAUUAUUAACCGGUAAACGUGUUUAUUAUGGUGAAUUAAAAAAUGAAAAUUAUGGACCAUACGAUGAUUGGCCAUUCAUAUGGAAACAAUUUCAACAAAAAGGUUAUCGUACAGCAUUGGUUGAAGAUUAUCCAAAAUUUACAUUAUUUAAUUAUGGUUCAAAAGGAUUUAUUAAUAAUCCACCAACAGAUUUUUAUCCACGACCAUUUUGGUUACGAUUAUUUGAAGAAUUUGAUGGUAUUCAACAAAAAAUGGAACCAUUUGAUUUGAAUCCUUGUUAUAAAUAUCGUACACCUAAAUUGGAUAUAUUUCUUGAUCAAACUAAACAUUUUAUUGAAAGAUGUACAGAAAAAUCAAUACCAUAUUUUGGUUUCUUUUUCUACAUUGAAUUAACACAUAAUGAUUUCAAUUCGGCACAAACAAUUGAUUCACAUUUAGCAAAAUUUUUUCAACAAUCACAACAUUUACUUAAUAAUACAAUUAUUAUGUUUAUGGGUGAUCAUGGUAAUCGUUUUGGUUCGGUAUUACAAACACAGAUUGGUCGUAUUGAAGAACGAAUGCCAUUAUUUUCUAUUCGUUUACCUGAACAAUUGUCUAGAAAAUAUCCGAAUCUUUCGAAAUUUCUUGAUAUGAAUCAAUCAAGGUUAGCCACUUGGCUUGAUGUCAAUCAAAUGCUCAAUGAUAUUCUCAAUGCCAACUAUACAAGUAUUCAUAACAAUGACAAUAAUGGCCAACAAAUUAAUUCAAUACGAAGACAUUAUUCACCUUGGCGUGAAAUAAUUCCCAUUACACGUAAUUGUACAACAGCAUUAAUACCCGAUCUUUAUUGUGCAUGUGAUUCUCGUAUUAAAUUGGAUUUAAAUUCAUCAUUAGUAAUUGAUGCAUCCAAUGCAUUAGUCGAUCAUAUUAAUCAUAUACUUAAUGAAUAUCGUUCCGUUUGUCGAUUAUUAGUGCUUAAUCAGAUACAUUUAGCUGAGCAAAUUCUACCAAGUUCAGCAACCGUACAUUAUCGUAAUUUUCGACAACAGAUUGAAUUAACCAUAAUGGUUGAACCAUCAAAAGGUCUGUUUCGUAGUCGCUUAUAUCGUACAGCAAAUGAUCCAAAUCAUUGGAUUGUUGAAAGUGGACAAAUUACACGUAUCAAUAAAUAUGGUCAACAAUCAUCUUGUAUUACGCAACGUGAUCUUAAACCAUUCUGUUAUUGUUAUUAUUUUAUUUGA